AUGUCAGACUUCACCAACCCGUUUGACGAGGCAGGCUUUGCGUCUGGGACCGUCACCAUCCCGCCACCCACCAACGACCCGGACGUGCACGUCUCGAUCUUCUACCGCCACUUUGUCUCUGCCUCCCCGGAGGCACGACCGAUCCUACUGCUGCACGGGCACCCACAAACACACGUGAUCUGGUCCGCCGUCGCACCCGCGCUUGCAGCCACGGGCAAGUGGCACGUCGUGGUCCCCGACAACCGCGGCAACGGUGCCAGCUCGGCACCCUCGGCGAAGAACGACGGCGAGCGGUACAGCCGCUACUCGAAGCGCGAGAUGGCGCGCGACAUGGUAGUGUUAAUGUCCGAGUUGGGGUACGAGACGUUCCAUGUGGUAGCGCACGACAGGGGGGCGAGGGUUGCACACCGCAUGGCGCUCGACUGGCCUGCAAAGCCCGUGCGUCUGAUUCUGCUCGACAUCGCUCCGACACUCGACAUGUAUGAAACAACCGACUACCGCUUCGCCACCGCCUACUGGCACUGGUUCUUCCUCCUGCAACCCAAUGCAGAAGCCUUCAUCACAGCCAACCCCUCCGCCUACCUCGACAGCCUCGUCACCCGCUUCCCGCGCUCCCACCCCCAAGCCGCUUCCCCGACCGCAGCAAUCGACGCCUGGCGAAUGUCGGCCUACCUCGCCAACUGCACCGCCCCCACGCACAUCGCCGCCAUGUGCGAAGACUACCGAGCCUCGGCGCCCACCAACGCGCCGGACCUGCACCUCGACCGCAGCGACCGCCAGGCGGGCGCCCGGAUCCAGUGCCCCACGCGCGUGCUCUGGGGCAAAAACGGCAUCAUCCAGGCCAUGUACGCCGGCGGACUGCAGCUUUGGCAGAACUGCUGUGAGGGCGAGGUGCGUGGCAGCGCGCUCGAGUGCGGACACUACAUCCCAGAGGAGGCGCCGCACGAGGUGCUGCACGAGGUUGACGCGUUUUUCACUUGA